AUGGGAACCUCAAGUUCAACGCUUGAAGUGGGAAAGGCAAUACGAUUGCUGCUUGUGGAUACACCAGUGGACGAUGGCAUCUUUAAUUUAUUGCUGAAUACCGCUCUUUCCAAAAGUGAGCUUGAGCGUGCCCUCCCGUUUUCUACGUUAAGGGUGAUGCGGCACUAUUAUACGAGGAACUUUGCAUUAUUACUUUUUAAAUGCAUUGAGGUUGUCUCGCAGAUUCGAAAUGCUUCGCUCGAAUCAGCAAGUGACGUGCAAUCUGCGUCGCAGGGGCUCCAGAAUGCGCUUUGUUUGAUGAGAAGAAUAAUUCCCAUCGCAAUGGAGGGCGGAGACACACCGUGCGCUGCGGAGGAACCAGAGAAAAGAGGCGCACCCGCAUCCAACCCGCCUGUGGAGGGGGCAAACCUCCCUGCAGGGGAGGCAAAAGAUGAAAAAAAGCGAACACUUUUUACUGCCACAUUUGUACGGUCGUUUUUUGAGGAAAACCUUGCAUGCAACGAUGCGCAGCCGGAACAGAUGCUUCCUUUUCUCCCUGGCCAGAACACAACGCUCAGCAAAUUUGUGGGGCGGCUACUAGUGGACUGUUGUUUCAUUCGUGGUUUGACGUUGGCCGCAUCAUCUUUGCCCGCAAAGGAAUCUGAGAGCCACCCCUGCGUUGAUGAGUCUCUCCUGUGGUACCCGGGCGUGGGUGGAAAGCAGGUAGAAGGUACUUCUACACAGCCGAUGAACGGCACGAUGCAUGCUCUUCGGCAAGAACUUCUCUACACGCUCACUGCACUUCUGUCAUAUCCAUUGUUUUCUCCGCCUGGUACGAGAGAUACUCUUUUUUCGGAACCAUUACUCAAUGUCGAUGAGAACCCGCUUCUGCCUACACUAGUAGCAUCCACAUUGAAUGCCAUUUUGGCAUAUAAACCAUUUGGUUCCAUUCCAUACACAAGCCAUUGGGUUGGGCCAGAGGAGAUGGUGGUUUUGAUGUCUGCACGGUUUUUAAGUGCCUUGAUAUGCUACCCGGGAGCCCUGCUUGAUGGUUCAACGCAAACGCGACACACAAAGAGUCCUGAGGAGAGCGAUAAGAAUGAACCAAAAGAAAAUGUGGAAGCAAAAGACAGAGAGGACGGGACGACAACAGAGCAGCUCAACUCGCCGCCUCUACGGAUAGUUCAUAGUGCAAGAGACCUUAUUAGUGCAAUUACGCCGGAAGAGGCUAAAUACGUCAUAGAGCGUCUAAAAAACACCAUCGGCCUGAAAGUAUAUUCAAAUCGAACAGUUCUGCCGGAUUCACAGCGUUGUUUCAUAACUCAGGACGAGUUUAUGAUGCUGCUUUGGAGGCUAAUUGAACUCUCUCCAGAGUGUCAAUUGGCUUUUGCACAGCAGCCGGCAGCAUUGAAUUAUAUUGUGCCUUUUGUAGAUUAUGCUCUUAAUGCCAAGCGGGACCCAAAAUACUUUCCUCACCUUCAGCUUGUAUUGUUUCUUUUGCUGCGACUCUCUGAGACGCGGGCAUUUUGUUUGCAAUGUAACGCGUUGUUCCACGAACGUAUUCCAUUUGAAUUUGAGUCCUUUGUAGGGACAUACAAUGAUCUACUCAUUAUCAUGUUGUGCUCGUUUAUAUUAUUGCGCCAUGAACUGAUACGUCCCCUUCAUGUGACCUGUAGCGCAAUCAUAUCGAACAUUGCUCCAUUUAUGAUAAAAAUUAGUCCUGUCUCGUCAGAGAAGCUGGGACUUGUAUUUACUUCCGUGUCCACUAGGUAUCUUGCGUACAAAGCCCUUUUUGCAUCCAAUGAAGUCAUUCUCGAUGACGCAGAGAUUAAAGCUGAACAGGUUGUGCUACUUAAUAUUGUAGAAGCCGUUGCUGGCGUAUUGCAGUACCAUGAGGGGGCUGCAGCAACUCUCCUAGCUGCCUUUAUAAAGCACAAGAGUUUGGUGGGCGAGGUUUCAGAUAUAUUUCUGGCGGAGGGCUCUAACGCCUUUCGUGUGCGCCUUACCUCUCCAUUCCUUAUAGGUACAGUCAGGGAUGCGAUCACCGCCGUUGAAGGGGCGGUAGCUGCUGCAGAAGAAGCCGGUAUAAUGGACAUAGUAUCAGUGAUAUGCAAAACGUCUCUUGUGGGUGCUUUGCCAACCCCACACCGCAUUAUUGUCAGGCGUCUUUACUCUAAUUCGUCGAUGGAACAAUGGGCAAUGGCGACAACCUGGUCGUCACUGUACAUGCACACUCCUCCUGGAACCUUCGGAGGGAGUAAAUCCAUCAAGAUGCUUCGCUUUUUUUAG